UACUACAGUGUAGUGAAGGGGAGAUUAAAGCUCACUGUAAAUCAGUUACAACGAGUAAAAACAGGGGAUAAAGCAUCACCUGGAGGAAUUAUAAUACAUGAUAGUGUAGACAGGGCUUUUCUACAGCUUUAUCAUCAUCAGGGGAAGUUUAAUUUGGCAUUUCUGCAGCAUUAAAGACAGAAAGGAGGGUAAAUUGACGAUGGGAAACGCUGCGACCGCAAAGAAAGGCAACGAGCUGGAGAGUGUCAAAGAGUUCUUGGCCAAAGCGAAAGAAGAUUUCCUGAGGAAAUGGGAAUGUCCACCACAGAGCACAACUUGCCUAGAUGACUUUGACAGACUGAAGACUCUGGGCACGGGGAGUUUCGGCAGAGUCAUGUUGGUAAAACACAAGGGAACAGAGCAGUUCUAUGCCAUGAAGAUUUUGGACAAACAGAAGGUGGUGAAACUGAAACAGAUAGAACACACGCUAAACGAGAAGAGAAUAUUACAGGCAGUAACGUUCCCCUUCCUCGUCAGACUGGAAUACGCCUUCAAGGAUAAUUCCAACCUGUAUAUGGUGAUGGAGUACGUACCGGGCGGCGAGAUGUUCUCACAUCUAAGAAGAAUCGGGAGGUUCAGUGAACCACAUGCACGGUUUUACGCAGCACAGAUAGUCCUCACGUUUGAGUACCUCCACUCACUAGACCUCAUCUACAGAGACCUGAAGCCUGAGAACCUUCUCAUCGAUCAGCAUGGCUACAUCCAGGUCACCGAUUUUGGUUUCGCAAAACGAGUGAAGGGCCGAACCUGGACGUUGUGUGGAACCCCUGAGUACCUGGCGCCAGAGAUCAUCCUCAGCAAGGGCUACAACAAAGCAGUGGACUGGUGGGCCCUGGGAGUGCUCAUAUAUGAAAUGGCUGCGGGUUACCCUCCAUUCUUCGCUGACCAGCCCAUUCAGAUCUACGAGAAGAUCGUGUCUGGAAAGGUACGAUUUCCGUCUCACUUCAGUUCAGAUCUGAAGGACCUGCUAAGGAAUCUGCUUCAGGUCGACCUGACGAAACGGUACGGCAACCUCAAGAACGGCGUCAACGACAUCAAAAACCACAAAUGGUUUGCUACGACGGAUUGGAUCGCCAUCUACGAGAGAAAGGUGGAGGCUCCGUUUAUUCCGAAAUGCAGAGGCCCAGGAGACACGAGCAACUUUGACGAUUAUGAAGAAGAGGACAUCCGCGUGUCUGUUACAGAAAAAUGUGCAAAGGAGUUUGCCGAGUUUUAGUCCGGACACUUCAGAGCUAUACGUAUAUGUGUUUAUCUAUAUAAAUACAUAUAUAUGUGUGUGUGUGUGUGUGUGUGUGUGUGUGUGUGUGUGUGUGUGUGUGACCACACAGCAAAUGAAAUAAGGAGCUCUUUGCACUCUAAAGACACGGGUGACGGAGCAGAGACCACAUCACCACGUCAGAGUUACUGCAUAGCUCCUUCAUUCCGUCUGGUUCAUCAAGAGGCCAACAAAGCCCUCGCGCUUUACACGUUACAUCAGACUCUUCACUCGUUCAUAUAACCCUCUUUGUUUAUUUUUUAUUCGGUAAACGUCUUGAAUAUCGUUUUCCCCAUUGUUUUACACGUGAAAAGGUUUUCAGCAGUGUUCAGGACUAAUACACACCGAGUGCCAGUUUAUCAGGUCACCCUGCUGUAGGGGUGGAUUUCUGACUGUAUCCCUUCUGUUGUUCCUUCACAAUACCACUGCUCGCUAGAUGUUUGGGCGUCGGUGUAGUAGACCAUGAUGAGAGAAUUCGAAGUGUUCAAAAAGAGCACACCUGCUGCCACCAGGGGGCCUCAUAAUAUAACGCCCCACUUUCUUUUUUUAAUAUCCAAAACACAAUUAUUCACCAAAGGCAAAGUGAUGACAUCGAGGUUAUUAUUCACCGAUAUUCACGUCACCUUUGGCGGAUGAUUGUUUUAGUAUAAAUACACAGAUGAUUUAUUUUUAAAAAAUAACUUAUAACGCGCACAGACGCGUCACUUUAUCUAGGCCGAGUCACAUACUUUGUUUUGAAAUCGACAAAAUAAAUCACAAUUUCACCUUACGUUUGAAUAGUUUUAGACCAAACUUCGUAGCAUCUUUAGUGCUUUUUGGACUAAAAAAGCAUUUUCUGUCAUCAUUUGUAAUUCUUCCUCACUUACAGUGACGAAGCGAUCGGCCGCCAUCUUGCCAAGUCGCCCGACGUGUGAUUAUCGAGAAAUUCAGACUGUCGGUAUGUGUGUGUAUGUACUAGUCAUAGGUUUGGACACACCUACUCGUAUUUUUUUUUUUUCUUCUGUAUUUUGUAUUUUCUACAUCGUAUAACAAUAAUGAAGACAUCAAAACUAUGAAAUAACACUGGAAUUACAUGUUAAGUAGCCAGCGGUUUACCUUGAUGGUGCUUUGCACACUAGGUAGUCACCUGGAAUGCUUUUGAAUUCACAGAUGUGUCUCGUCCAAAGGUAAUUAGUGGACAAGUUUCUCGCCGCCUUAAUGUGUUUGGGAUCAAAUCGUAAAUAAUAAUAAAUACAGUAAACAGCCCUAUUCAACACCACAACUUUGGUAAUCCAUGUUAUGUCAAGAACCGAACAACUAAGUAAAGAGACACGACGUCCAUAAAGACAUGAAGUGACUUUUAAUUAAUAAAAAUAAAGGGAAAAAAAGUUGAAUUCGAAGGCGUGUCCAAACUUUUGAUUGGUACUGUGUGGGCGAGAUGUAUAUUAAAUAUCUUUGAUGAGCCACAAAUCCAAACAUUUCGCAUGAAUGACCCCUUCAGUUCCAUUCUCAAAAUUUUAGCUCCAUGCCCACGUGACGCAAACUGCGGCAUCAUGAGCUCGAAGUUUCCGCACGCAGGGGAUGUUUGAGACACGAGUAAAUUCUUCAUACACACAGCACCGUGACAUUCUUUUUCUUUGCGUAUCCCAGCUUGUUAGGAAGCUGGGGACAGGGCACAGGGUCAGCCAUGAUGAGGUGCCCCUGGAGCAGAGAAGGGUUAAGGGUCUUGCUCAAGGGCCCGGCAGUGGCAGCUUGAACCCCUGACCAUCUGCUGAGUAACCCAGAACUUUAACUGUUGAGCCAUCACUGCCCAGUUGCUUACGCGGCACUUUUGUAUGCCUGAUGAAAGAUUUUGUCCCGAAAUGUCUUGUUGUUCUGAAAAUUUCUGUACUAUAGGUCGUUUUUCUCGACAUUACUACAUCCAUAUACGAGUAUAUAUAUAUAUAGUAGAUAAAAUCACACUCACUGGCCACUUUAAUAGGAACUUUAUUCUAAGAUUCCUGUUCUUGGCUGCAGGAGUGGAACCCAAUGUGGUCGUCUGCUGUUGCAUGCUGAGAUGCUUUUCUGCUCACCACGGUUGUAAAGAGUGAUGAAUAUGAGUUACUGUAUCUUUCCUGGCAGCUCGCACCAAUCUGUCCAUUUUCCUCUGACCUCUCUUAUCAACACGGCAUUUGUUUCCACCCACAGAACUGUCACUCGCUCAACUCGAUGUGUUUUUUGUUUUCCGCACCAUUCUGUGUUCAAGAGACUGUUGUGUAUGAAAACCCCAGGAGAAACCUCAGCAGUUUCUGAAAUACUCAAACCAGUCCAUCUGGCUCAAACCAACACCCAUGCCACAGUGAAAGAACGUCGCACUUUGAGAUCACAAUUUUUCCCGUUCUGAUGUUUGAUGUGAGUGAACAUUAACUGAAGCUCUUGAUUUGUAUCUGCGUGAUUUUAUACAUCAAGGGGUCAGCCGAUUAGAGAACCGCAUCCAACAGUAGGUGGAUGUAUGGGUGUUCCUGAUAAAGUGGCCGGUUCAUAUCGACAGAUGGGCUGCAGUCAGUAAUUUUAAUUAAUGCGAAAUAAGUAGCCUGAGUUUGGCUACACGGUGGGUGAGCAGAAUAAACUGGCACAUUGCUCAGAUUUGAUGCCAGUUAUAAAAUCAUCAGCAUCAUGUAGCUACGUUUUGAAGGAUAUAUGUUGCGUUUUGUCUGUUACAUGCUUUGUGUAAUUUUUUUCUUCAUUUUUGAAUUACAGCAGCAGUUAUCUUACCUCAGACUCAACCUCUGACCACUUUUUUUUUUUUCUUUCCCUCAUCAGCUUGCACAGGUGCUUAUGCUUAUCUGAUGAUUUUGAAAGGGUUUUACUUCAGCCAGUGUUGAACGCAUGACCAAAACGACUGAGCUGUGGGUCCUGGAAAUUUUUAUCCAUCAUGACUGAGCUUACAGAUCAUUUGUCGAUGAGUUGAGUGUUACAUUGACCCUUAGUACAACCUGCACUAAGAAAAAACCCAAACAUGACUGACACGCCCCGGCUUUUUGGCUUGUUUUACUGUUGCGUAACUUAUGUAUUAUUUUACACCUUUAAUGUAUAUCCAUUGGUGAAGAGGUUCUAUCUUUAUAUACCCUGGUACAUCUUUUAAAAUUUGGCUCAAAACACUCAAAGUACUGUAUAUUUUCAUUAAACGAUGUGUAGCAGAUACCGUUUGCUGUGAAUGUGGAACUGAUGGUUUCCUGGGUUUUAUGGAAACCGAUCCUGAAACUCGCCAGAUGCACAUGAAAUCUUUUUUUUUUUUUUUACCCCCCCCUUUUUUUUUUCCUGUCAAAACGCAUCACCCUCCAACACAUGAUGCUCCAAUUUCUGUCUUUUUCUGUCCUUGUUUCUUUCAUUGUAAUCACUGAAUUUAGAGUUGCAACUUGUAGGUAUGGAUGUUCUUUGCAAUGCUUGAUUUCCAAGGUACAUUCUCACAGACACACAUACUUUGAAAAAUUAUUUAAAAAAACAAGCAAAUGAAAAAUACAAAAAAAAAAAAAACCACCCACCAGACUGGGGUUUGUUAGCCUCAGCUCCUUUGUAUCACAGAAUUCAGUUAUUGUUCUGCUCAUAAUGCAUAUAUGCAUUGUUUCUUAUAUAUGUUUUUAUUUAUACACAUUAGAGAUGCUAAUAAAUUUUAUUUUUAAAAUUG